UGGGAGAAACGGGUGGAGCUUGGGGGCCGGCUGGGCGGGCGGGAGAAUUCCGAGAGCCAGCUUCCAGACCCUGGGAGUUGAUCAAGCUCCUCCAGAGCUGCCCUGUGAGACCAUGGACCCUGAGGUGUCCCUGCUGUUGCUGUGCCCUCCUGGAGGACUGUCCCAGGAGCAGGUAGCAGUGGAGCUGAGCCCAGCUUAUGACCGUCGUCCACUGCCUGGAGGAGACAAGACCAUCACCGCUAUCUGGGAGACCCGGCGACAGGCCCAACCCUGGAUCUUUGAUGCCCCCAAGUUCCGCCUUCACUCAGCCACACUGGCAUCCAGCUCAUCUGCACCACAGCUGCUCCUGCACCUGGGUCUAACUUCCUACCGGGACUUCCUGGGCACCAACUGGUCUAGCUCAGCCUCCUGGCUGCGACAGCAGGGAGCUGCAGAUUGGGGUGACAAGCAAGCCUAUCUGGCAGACCCGCUGGGGGUGGGUGCCACUUUGGUUACGGCUGAUGACCUCUUUGUCUUCCUGCGCCGCUCUCAGCAGGUGGCCGAGGCACCUGGGCUGGUGGACGUACCAGGUGGCCACCCUGAACCUCAGGCCCUGUGCUCCGGCGGCAGCCCCCAGCACAAGGACCUCCCUGGGGAGCUGGUGGUUCGGGAGCUUUUCUCCAGUGUCCUACAGGAGAUCUGUGAUGAGGUGAACCUGCCCCUCCACACCCUGAGUCAGCCACUGUUGUUGGGCAUUGCCUGCAAUGAGACCAGCGCGGGCAGAGCCAGUGCAGAGUUCUACGUCCAGUGCAGCCUGACCUCAGAGGAGGUCAGGGGUCAUUACAUGAGUGGGGGACCUGAGGCCCAUGAGUCUACAGGAAUCAUCUUUGUGGAGACACAGAGGGUACAGAGACUUCAGGAGACGGAGAUGUGGGCGCAACUCUGCCCCUCGGCCAAAGGCGCCAUCCUCCUCUACAGCCGCCAUCCGCCUCUCUGGUCAGGUGCUGGGACGUCCCAGCAAAGGUGUUCCUAGAGUCCCAGCCCUGUCACUACAGCUCUGAAGAC